CAAGCCCAACAUGAACUACGACAAACUAAGCCGCGCCCUGCGCUACUACUAUGACAAAAACAUCAUGACCAAAGUGCACGGCAAGCGUUACGCCUACAAGUUUGACUUCCACGGCAUCGCUCAGGCCCUGCAGCCCCAUCCCACCGAGUCCACCAUGUACAAAUACCCAACCGACCUGCCCUAUGUGCCAAGCUACCACGCUCACCAGCAGAAGGUCAACUUCGUUUCCCCCCAUCCUCACUCCAUGCCCGUCACGUCCUCCAAUUUCUUUGGGCCCACCAACCCGUACUGGAGCUCUCCAACAGGAGGGAUUUAUCCCAAUCCCAGCAUGCCGCGUCACACCAAUUCGCAUGUGCCUUCCCACCUAGGCAGUUACUACUAAAACCCUUCACCUUUCACCCCGCCACCCGUACGCCAAAACUUGAACUGCACUCGAAGUGAAGACAAAAAAGGAAGCUGGAAUUGGAGGGAUUUUGGCCGAAAAGUUAGCAGAAGGAAGCAAAUGUUGAAAGAAGCUAGAAAAGAAAGAGAAAGUUGACCAAAAUAGACCAAAAAAUGGCUGAUCCUCUUUCAAAUGGAGUACUACUUGUUGGUGUUUGUUUUGGAGA